AUGAACCAUUCCAAGAUACCUUCCAUUUCAACCAGCGGUGCGAAUCUCUCGAUUAAAAGACGUAGAUUAUCAUCAUCGCCCAUGUUACAGGAUGUGACUAAUCACGUUUACACCAGACCGUCGAUAAGGCAUGUAUCUGAGGGUCAUUCACAACAGCAGAAUCGCAGAUUGCUCAAUAAAUAUAUCUAUGGUGAUGCUACAGUAAUUGAAGAAGUUAAGAAAAGGGAACGCAAAAUUAUUAAAGAUAUUAAUCAUUUCCGUAAUGCAAUUUUAGAGAUUGAAAAGGAAUCGGCUCAGAUAAGGGAGAGGCAGUUGCCUGACAUUCAGUAUGCAAUUUCGAAAAGAAUUACCAUGUGCUCUGAAUUACAGAAGGAGUUAAGUCAACAAGUAUCACAGUUGGAUUUGAAAGAAGGUGAAAUUGAAAUGUUAAGGCGGAAUGAAGAGAUGAAUAUUUCCAAUUUACAUUUGAAAUGGUCUGUAGAAUUACAAGAACUAGAAACCCAAUUGCGUAAGGAACAAGAUGACAGGCGGUUGAAAUGGGAGAAGCAAUUGUUACAAUUGGAAAACUUAAAACCUGAUGAAAAAAUUGAACAAGAAAUACGACAGUUGAAAACGGAAAUGGCUCAAGUAGAGGAGAAAUGGCAAGAAUUACGGAAGCAAAACCAGGAUAGAUGCAAUGAAUACUCUAAAGAGUUAGAUCAAGAACUGGAAAAAUUUAAAUCCCUAAAGGCGGGUCCAAUGGAUGAAUUAAUCAAAGAACAAACUGAAUUAAAGAACAAGAAACAAGAUUUAGACUCUCAACAUCAAUCGUUAGUUCAAAAGAUGGAAACAUGUGAUAAAGAUUGUAGAGAAUUGGAAGAUGGAGUCGUUCAAAUUGAACAAAAAAUUCUGGAAAUUGAAGAGCAUAAUAAACCAUUGAAGGAGGAAGUAGAUACCCUUUUAAUAGAAUACGAGUUAGAAGAUAGGAAGACACAAGAUGUUCAAGAAUUGGCUCAUAGGGAGGAAAAAUUUUAUAACAGUAAAUUUGACAAGAUGGAACAAGAACAACUGCGUAGAAGAAAAUUGGAAAAUUCAAUCGAUGAGAUGAAGGGACAAAUUCGUAGAUUCGCAUAUGUGACAGGUGAGUUCCAAGAUUGCGAAGUGGAUUACGCCAAAAGAUGCGUAGAUGAUACUUAUUCUUUCAACAGGAUCGUUCCCUCUAUACUAAUGGACGAAAAAGAAAUGUUGUUCCAGGAAUACGAAAUGUACCAUGAUAUGUGUUUGGGGAGAGGUAUAAAUUUCAACCUAAUAUCUGUGAGUAGUAAACCUUGGACUAGUCUUCGAUUUGCCCUAUUGAACUUUCUAUGCGAUAAAUGUCUGCCACAUUACCAUAUCGAUUUACAAUAUGUUUUCCUAUCAGAAGAAAUGCCGUCCCAAGAUAUGCUUUCACAAGAUGCUUCAAAAGAUGAUAAAGAAAUUGAAUUAAAGAUCGAAAAAGAUUCCAUUGAAAUAGAUUCAUGCGUUAUAAGAAUAAAGAAUGGUGCUGAAGAUCUGCCGUCUAGCAUACUACAAGAGACUCCACGCGUCUCUUCCGGGAUUGGCGUUGUUAAAUUUCAACUGACUCCAAUGGUAGGAGAUUCUAAAUUAGAAGGUAAACCUAUAGAUUUUUAUUUCCUAGAAGUCUGUGAUUCCAGAAUGAUUUCCAUCCUAGAUAAUGUGGUAAGCCCAGGUCAAACAAUGAAAUCCCCAAUAAGUCUCAUAUUCAAAAAACUCCUAUUAGAUACCAAAUCUUGUCUUUGGUUCAAUCUGAAUGACAAGUAUAACUAUAGAUCGUUACUGGACCUGUCAAAUAGGAUCUCCAAAAUGAAAAAUUUGAAAAAUGGUAGGAGAUCGAUAUAA